CGAGUUUCCGUCAAAAUUCGAAGCACACAUUUUUGUUUACUCGCGCAACAAAAUCCAAACAUUAAAGAACGUUCGCUUCGGGGGUGCCUAAAUUUUCACAUUUUUACCGUGAAAAGUUUGUUUAUUUGAUAGUCUUUUUGAACAUCAUCUUCCUUCAGGCUCAAUUGUGAUUCCAAAAUGAUCAUCCCGGUGCGGUGCUUCACGUGCGGAAAAGUCAUCGGAAACAAGUGGGAAGCCUACCUGGGGCUGCUGCAGGCCGAAUACACCGAAGGUGAUGCCCUCGAUGCUCUCGGACUAAAGCGGUACUGCUGCCGGCGCAUGUUGCUAGGCCAUGUCGAUUUGAUUGAAAAGUUGCUCAACUACGCCCCGCUGGAAAAGUGAGCACUGAUGGUUCGUGUGUUUCUUUUUUUCUCUGUAAACAUUAUUUUAAGGGCUGUAUCUUAAUAAUGCUAAUUUCUCAAUAACUCUUACAAUUUAUAAAUUCCAUUUAGCUAUAAA